GUGGCCGCGGAGCCGAGGAGGGCGGGGCGGAGCCGCCGGGGGAUGAAGCGGGGGCGCUCGGCUUUCCGGCUUCACUGGCAGCCGCCGGGCGUCGGGGAGGGCGUCACUCUGCCUCCCGACCGACCGGCGCGCAGACCCUGACCCUGGAGUCGCUCGGCGGGCGGGAACCGUCCCCUGGGGUCGUCGCCUGGGCCGCCCGCCGUUCCCCGGCCCCGAGGGGCCCGGCUGGCCGCGGCCGGGGGAGAGGUCAGCAUGAGGCAGGGGCUCCGCCGGGCCGGCGCGCAGGGGGCGGCGGCCGCGGCGCCGCUGCUGGUCGCGCUGAGCUUCCUGCUGAGCGCGGUCGGGGCCCAGGUUGCUGGAGUUCUGGAUGAUUGCUUGUGUGAUAUUGACAGCAUCGAUAACUUCAAUACCUACAAAAUCUUCCCCAAAAUAAAAAAAUUGCAAGAACGGGACUAUUUCCGUUAUUACAAGGUUAAUCUGAAGCGACCAUGCCCUUUCUGGGCAGAAGAUGGCCACUGUUCAAUAAAAGACUGUCAUGUGGAGCCCUGUCCAGAGAGUAAAAUUCCAGUUGGAAUAAAAGCUGGGCAUUCUAAUAAGUACUUGAAAGUGGCAAACAAUACCAAAGAAUUAGAAGACUGUGAGCAAGCUAAUAAACUGGGAGCAAUUAACAGCACAUUAAGUAAUCAAAGCAAAGAAGCUUUCAUUGACUGGGCAAGAUAUGAUGAUUCACAGGAUCACUUUUGUGAACUUGAUGAUGAGAGAUCUCCAGCUGCUCAAUAUGUAGACCUGUUGCUGAACCCAGAGCGCUACACCGGCUACAAAGGGACCUCGGCAUGGAGAGUGUGGAACAGCAUCUAUGAAGAAAACUGUUUCAAGCCUCGGUCUGUUUAUCGUCCUUUAAAUCCUCUGGCACCUAGCCGCGGUGAAGAUAAUGGAGAAUCAUUCUAUACAUGGCUAGAAGGUUUGUGUCUGGAGAAAAGAGUCUUCUAUAAGCUUAUAUCGGGACUUCAUGCUAGUAUCAAUUUACAUCUAUGUGCAAAUUAUCUUUUGGAAGAAACCUGGGGUAAACCUAGUUGGGGACCUAAUAUCAAAGAAUUUAAACGGCGCUUUGACCCUGUGGAAACCAAGGGAGAAGGUCCAAGAAGGCUAAAGAAUCUGUACUUUUUAUACUUGAUUGAGCUUCGAGCUUUGUCAAAGGUGGCCCCAUAUUUUGAGCGCUCGAUUGUCGAUCUUUACACUGGAAAUGUAGAAGAAGAUGCUGACACAAAAACCCUUCUACUGAACAUCUUUCAAGAUACAAAGUCCUUUCCUAUGCACUUUGAUGAGAAAUCCAUGUUUGCGGGUGACAAAAAAGGGGCCAAAUCAUUAAAGGAGGAAUUCCGAUUACAUUUCAAGAAUAUUUCCCGUAUAAUGGACUGUGUUGGAUGUGACAAAUGCAGAUUAUGGGGAAAAUUACAGACUCAGGGUUUAGGAACUGCCCUGAAGAUAUUAUUCUCUGAAAAAGAAAUCCAAAAGCUUCCAGAGAACAGCCCAUCUAAAGGAUUCCAACUCACGCGACAGGAAAUAGUUGCUCUUUUAAAUGCUUUUGGACGGCUUUCUACAAGUAUAAGAGAGUUACAGAAUUUUAAAGUCUUAUUACAACACAGUAGGUAAUAAAGGCUUUUAUAUGUCUAACUAGAGACAUAAAGUGACUAUGUAAAAGCCUUUUAAUCUUGGACAUUCAGCAGAAAGAGACUAAUCUUCUAAGAUUUCAAGAAUUCUGAACUCUUAAAAAAUUCAAAUGCUCACUUGAAUAUUUAUGAUUCUUCAUAGAUUAUUAUCAACUAGAAAUAUUUAUAAAUGAAGUAUAUACUUUUAAAAUAUGUAAGUUAUACUAAUUCUGUGUUUAAUUUCAUGUGUUUUCAUCUGUUGAAUAUUCUAUUUUAUUUGCAUAGAAUUGGUUUUGUUUUUAUUCUAUUACCCUUUAUAUUUCCAGUUGUCAAACUUUAAAUGACUGUGUCUCCAUUCUAAUAACACUGUUUACAGUGUGUUAUAGAAAAGGAGAAGUAGGGAACAAAUGUUGCUUAGGGCUGGUAUCAGUGACAGAAAUUUAUCAGUGAUUUUUGUAAUAUGUUUUUAGCCUUGCCUAGCUCUGUGUCACUUUCUAUAAUAUGUAACUGUCACCGUGAUGAAUGGCCCUUUCAUAGAAAUUCCUUAAGAUUCUCUGUGACUUCAACUUAAUUGGUUUUUAUUUAAGAUUUUUAGUUGUUGCUGUGCUGUUUUGUUUUGUGUCUAAACGACCUGCUCUGGUGAGGUGAAUAGGUACUCCCCCUAUGCUCCCCGGCCAGAUUUCAGGUGUGUCUGGUGGGCUGGCUCAAGAGUUAUUUUGCUUAGAACCUUCUUUUUGCUUUUGCUUUUCUUUGUUCCUAGAAGUUUUGGGGACAGAGAAAUUUUAGAAAUUCUUAGUUUCUUUUAGGGAAAAAAAUUGAAUAAAUAUUUAACAGAUUACUUCUUGAUAAAAUUUGAAUAGAACUAUAUGAAUUUAUAAUGCCAAUUCAAAGCAUUAUAUAUACAAAAUUUGCUAUUUUAAAUUAAAGCAUUUUUACAGGAUUUAAUUUUAGAAUGCAAUCUAUGCAAUCCUCUAACUCUCAGUGUGAUUUUCUUUGGUAGUAUAUGUAAGCAGGUAGAUUAAGUCAAGCCUCUCCCCUUUUUCAUUUCAUUUCAUUGUAUAAAAAUGGUACUUUGUGUGAUUUGUACCAACAGAUGGCUAAUAAGUCCUAAACUGGCAUUUUAUAAACCUGGGAUUUAAAAUCUUUAAACAGUAUUUAAAAUCUUGAUUGUUUUAAAGGUGUCAGUAGAUAGAAUAUGAUUAAUUUGGAAGGUUGCAUCUGUGUAGAAGUAAUGCGGGUACAAAAUCUAGAGUUUCUCCUUAGAUUCUGCAGUCUUUUCUGAAGUAAAUAAUAAGUGCUCUUAAAUGCUAUCUUAUCCUGCCAAAGUCUGAAAUGUGUUCAUUGAUGAUUUUAAAUUGUAUUUAGUUGGCUCACCCCUCUUUUAAAAAUACUUAGCCAUCCCUUAGAGGGAUAUUGUUGAGGCAUGAAGGUCUCAGUUAUUUUCUAAUUUCUAACCUUUAUAAACUUGGGGUCUUGUUGAUGGUGGUGUUUUUUAAGUUGAAUAAAAAAGACUAGCUUGAUUGGA